AUGAAAUGUGAUCUACAUCUUUCUCAUCAGUCUCAGAUAAACUCAGAAGAGCGUGAAAUGCCACAACAAUCAUCAAUGACACUGGCCAUGAAACAUAUUCUUAACGAGGAUCAAGUCAGUCAACGCCGAAAGCUACUUCUAAACCAACUUCCUGAACAGGAUAUCUUCUUGCAUCUUCGACAAAUCUCUCUUUGGAUUGAUCCUUUGGAUGCUACCCAGGAGUUCAGCGAAAAUUUGCUCAACUAUAUAUCGGUUAUGGGAUGCGCUGCAAUUCACGGUGUACCGAUGUUCGGAGUUGUCCAUUUUCCCUUUUCGAAUACGACCUAUUGGUCAUCACUAGCUAACCAGUUGUCAGGGAACCUUCGAAGCCUUCCAAAACCAGUGCCUCGAACGCCCACAACACAGAAUCCCCUGCGAAUUCUCAUCUCUCGAUCACAUAGUAUGGAAGAUUUUAGCGACAAAUUGCGUAAGGCGUUCGGCUCAACUCCAAUUGAAGUCAUUCCCGCCGGUGGUUCAGGUUACAAGAUGAUAGAGCUUGCUCGAGGAGGAGCGGAUCUCUAUAUUCACGCAGGCGGAGCUCGCCGGUGGGAUGUCUGUGGACCUUCCACGAUUCUGCAAGCCCGUGGCGGAGUGGUACGCACUCUCAAAGGAGAUUCCAUCACCUUCAAUCACCAGGAUCCCAGUGACCUUGACUCUCAUACGGGAAUUUUCGCUGCUGCCUCGAGCGAACUUUUUGACACAUGGUCACCUAUUGUCUCCUCUCUUAUCGAAUAA